AUGGAGUUUUUCCAGAAAGCUAAAGCUGUUAGGAUGCGUAACGUUCAUGAGAAGUAUCUAACGGCCGACGAGGACGAAGAGACGGUAACUCAAGACAGGAAUGGUUCCGACAAGAGAACUCGAUGGACCGUCGAACCAGUUCGUGGUUCUUUUGAAGUGAUCCGUUUGAGGAGUUGCUACGGUAACUACCUCACUGCUUCGAACGAGCGGUUCUUGCUCGGUGCCACGGGGCUUAAAGUGGUCUUGUCGAAACCGAGUCGCCUCGACUCGUCCGUUGAGUGGGAGCCGGUGAAAGAAGGAUCCAAAAUGAAGCUUAAAACUAGAUACGGUAACUUUCUAAGAGCCAAUGGUGGACUUCCUCCGUGGCGUAAUGAAGACUAA